AUGCCAGCUACCCGUGCAGGUAUUUCUUCUGCGUCAUCCGAGCAGAAACGUCACCGGACUCCCAUUUCUCGUCCUCAGCCAAUGCCUGGUGGUUCAAAGAGAUCAAUGAAGCCGCCACCCCAUUCGGAAGUCAUCAUACUCUCUUCGGACGACGAAAAUUCCCCCGUCACCAGUACUCGACCUAGACCCACCAAGCAGUCUUUCGGACACUCGAAGAAGAAAAAAGCAGUCCUCCGACCACCUCCUCAAGUCUUUGGGGAAGUUCUCGAAAUAUCGGAGUCUGAUGAAGCCCAGCCAUCACUGCCAGCGGCUAAACGGAAGACAGAGGACAGCACUACCGAAAGUCUCAAGCGCACUGUAAACAGCCUUGAACAGGCUCUGAAACUUGCCAAUCAGCGUGCAGCACAAGAACACUCGGAGCUCAAAUCUUUAGAGGAAGCCCAGGCCGAAGAAAUAAAUGCACUUCGAAGCGCACUAAGCAAAGACUUCUCAGAACUCGAAGAUCACAUUCUUUGUGAAGUUUGUACACACAAGAUGUGGAAACCCUACCUGUUACCCGACUGUGGCCACAGCUUCUGCCAGGAUUGUCUCGUAGACUGGUUCACUACGACGAAAGCCAAAUUUAUGAAUAGCCACCCCGAUUAUGAUGCUCAAUGUGCCAUGGUCCUUGGUCAACUCCGCAUACUCCUCAACAGCAUACCCGCACUCUUAAACCCAUAUGUUCAGCAGCAGCUGAAGGCUCUCCUCAUUAACUUGCGAAGGAUGCAGCCGGAACAUACUUGUCCAUCCUGUAGAAAACCUGUAGUGACCAAACCGGUUGAAAAUUUUCGUCUGAAGGCGCUCGUCAGGCAUAUUUCUGAUCUGCAGGGCGAACCGACCCCCCACGAACUGUCACGUUACCACCCAGUACUAGGCACCGGUCCUUUUGACGUGUUCUUUCCUGACCCCUGGGUAUAA